CGCACUGUCCGCCAAACCAGCCGCCCGCCGCCGCUAUCUUCCUCCUCUCCCGAAUCCUGCAAAGCAGCCGCCGGCCUCCAACCCCACCGCCCACCUUGUCUCCCCCAACCCCGGCCUCCGCCCUCUACUCCUCUGCCGGCGCCCCCUUCCCUCCCCUCCCCUCCCAUUCUCUCCCCCUACGAGCUCCGGCCGCAGCAAGAUCCGCCACGGUCGCACCGCUGCUUCCGCAUCUGUGCCAUCCUCCCGCAUCCCCACCAUCUCCUGCCCUCACGUCCAAUCCGGAUGCCACACCCCUCGCCACUACGUGAAUCCCCUCUCGCUACUGCGUGAAUCCCCUCCGCCAGAUCUCGUGGUCCUCGCCAUCACGCCGGGGGUUUGGGUCGCCAUGAGGAGACGCGGGAGAAGUUCUGUAGGAGCAUCGUCACCAAAGGCACCUGCAAUGUCUCAGGGAGAACAAGAACGUCGCCGACAGUUUUGAUCGAUUGUACGAUUCCUAUAUCUGCACCUAGCCCACCCAUCUAAUCUGCACCUACAUGCAAGCCGUGUAUUCGCUUUAACAAGGAGGGUACUCUGUUGGCUGUCUCUACUGUUGAUAAUGGUAUCAAAGUUUUAGCAAAUGCUGAUGGUCUUCGUUUAUUGCGCACACUGGAAGAUCGUUCUAUCGAUGCUUCUUGUAGUGCAUCUGACACUGUAACAAAGCCUCUAAUAAAUCCAUUGACUGCUGGUGCCGUGGAAGCCGCCGGUGCAACCAGUUCUGAACUGCUGCUCCAUCAGCUAUAACUGCAAUGGCCUCUUAGCAUCACAAGCAUGUCCCAUUUUAUAAGGCCUCGCUUUGGAAAGGUGCAUGCAUGCAACCAUUUGAUUGGUUGCAUUGAAAGCCAUUGUUGUUGGUGCCAUGGCUGAAAAAUUAAUACACUUCAUGCGUGCUUUUUCAUUGGCUGCAUGCAGUGAGAGAGUGCAUUGGGAGUGGAAUAGAAGAAUUAAUGUGAGCAAAUUACUAUGUGUCUUGGUAUAAGAGAUGUUGUCUUUAGGCCUAAUAAACCCGGACGGAGGGAGUACUUUUUUUUGACGGAAUAGGGACAACAGAAACUUGGUUGAUGUAAAACCUGGAAUAGCUGAUGAGUCAAUGCAUAAGUCAAAGGUCUGGAAGCUUGUGGAAAUAACUGAUACAGCUCAGUGCAGAUCAUUAAAACUGGGUGAUAGUAUUAGCACAGCUAAGGUGCGGAAACUGCCUUUGGUGACCGAGCUCACUGGAGGCCUCCAAAUUCAAAAUUCAAUUUUCAUUGAAAUUCAUAUUUUUACAUUUCAAAAAAAUCUGAAAAAAAGUACAUAUAUACAUGAAGGCAUAACACAUAUGUGUGUAAAUUUUCAGGGCAAAAUACGUUGAAAUGAGGGCUGUGCAAAAAAGUCAAAUCUGGCGCUAUUUAACACAUGAUACUAUUCAUCCUUCCAGGCCAUGAAUUUGUCUUUUUUCCACAGGUCGCAUUUCAACAUAUUUCAUUAUGUAAUUUUACACACAUGUGAGUUACAUCCUUACAUACGCCCAUUAUUUAUUUCAGAUUUUUUUGAAACAUAAAAGUUUGAAUUUGAAUUUUUCAAAAAUAAAGGCCUCCAUGGAGCUCGGCCUCCAAAACGCCAUUCUCAGCUAAGGUGAUACUUCUUCCCUUGCCUUUUACCUCUGUAUAUUUUUGAAUAUGCAUCAUUUUCUAGCAAUCUGGUGGGUGCACUGCCAUUUAUAAGAUUGCUAUUUUCUUAAAUUAAUUCACAGUGUGAUUUCUACAUGUAGAACACUGUUUUAGCUCUCGUUAGAUGCUUGACGUUUGACAAGUGUCUUACGGACAUGAACAAUCAUUAUGACUGCUAAGCGAAGCUAUAUCUUCAGGAUCCAAUUCCAACCACGUCGACCAGAGCGGCUCCGCUAUCGCCGCAGGCCGUCCGGUGCAAGAGACCACCGGACGGGCGAGCGCUUCGCGACGCGGGUCAAGAAGCCACCACCUGAGAGAACGAUUGAAAAGGCGGCACCACCAUCGUCUCCCUUCAAACUCGCAGCCACCGUGCCGGCGGCGAGCUCGCACGCGCGCGUCGUCGACCAGCAGCACCACCGCAGAUUACUCCCUGCCGUCGCGCCACGUCGUCGUCAUCGUCGGUGGAGGACGACCCUGAAUACGGUUACCUGCGGACGGUGCUAGAGCGUGGUGGGUUCAUGCGCGCAAUGCCGCCGCCGAACUGGCCGUUCAAGGGCCACUCCAUGUCAUCCCCGGUGGACCUGAUCGUGUUCCACCUCCUGGAGCUGGACCUCCCCGCGGACGACUCCGACGACCGGCGCCAAGGCCCGCUCCGGCACCGGUGGAACCGGAAGCUCCUCUUCCACCUCACGCAAGAAAUCCUCCCCGUCCUUCUCCACCUCGACGACAACGGCGCCUCCUACAGAACCAGACUCCACGGGCCGGCGCUGCUAUCGAAGGUGUGGAGCACGGUGAAGGCAUUCCCGGCGGCGGACUGCAGGGUGGUGGGCGACAUCGACGCGCUGGUGGCACUGGACCUACAUGUCACCCAAUUUUGUUGUCUUUGGGGAAUAGAUGAUGACACAUGGACACCAUUCGGUGGCAGUUUGAUGUUUUUCAGGAAUGAAUUCCACCCGUUAUUCAAUACUACUAUGAGAAAAGUAGGGAAAUGCUCACCCUCUGCUAAAUGUACUGGUUCGUCUCGCGGUCUCACCCCCAAAAACAGAGGAGAGGAGAAGGGAGCUCCUCCCUCACACUCGUCGGCUCCAAGGAGCCCCGCCGCCAUGCAUGGUGGAGAGGAGCAGGGAGCUCCGCCGCCACGCAAACCAAGUCUGCAACGUUUGAAUAUUAUACUCAAAGGACCUGACCAUCUAAAAAGAUGUCAAAUUAGUGUGGUACAUUCUUCAGUACUGCAAGUUGGAGUAGCAAGUAAGUAUACACAUCAAAUGAAAGUACUGCUUUAGUACAACAUGCUUCAGUACUGACCAUCUAAAAAGAUGUCUAAUUAGUGUGCACGAAUCAUGUUAAAACCUGUAGUGCCUACUUGUGCAUUGAUACUCAUACCUGACGUUGAUAAAAGUUGCAUUUUGAGAUUCAAUUCUUUGAUUUAUGAUGCUCUGCCAUAUGCACAAUGAGAACAUAUAUCCUUCUUACUGAUCUCUGUUUUUCUAAGUUGAAACUAUUUCUUUGUUACUUGGUGUAUGUGAAGUGCAAUCAUAGUCCUGUCACAAACUUGUUUGAGGAAGGCAAAAGACUGGCCUUUUGCGAGACAGAGAAAAGACCGGCUUAUUUUAGUUUAACACAACAUAGCAAGCUCAAUAUAUAUUAGUUAGCACAUGGCAGGAUGCAGACUAGCCAUGUUCAUUUGUCAACAUUUAUACUUUCCAUUGUGUAGUUGAAGCACGCAUAGGAGCGUCCCAGUUAUGAUGUAUAGUUCACAAUGUUGAUUUGGUAAGUAGUUAGAAAACAUAUGUGAUGUAUAUGUAAAAAGUUGUGCCUCAUUCAAUUCAGAUAAUUGAUUUUCUGACUUUGCAUAUCGAUAAUUGAAAACAAUGCAUGACACACGUGUUAGUGAAAUAGAACAGUAUUUCUGAAUGCACUUUCUUGUAGCAGUAGGUCAAGAGAACUUUUAUGCAUAACACAAUGCCUUUCAGUUUAUAGAUUCAUAACUGAUAACUGUAAUAAUAUUAUUGGAGAGUAUUUCCUAUUAGAUAACUAAACUUAACAUCACAUCUCUUUAUUUUUGUUUUUCCUUCUGAGAACCUUAGAACCCUGCUUGGAAGACUAUUUAACCCGUCAUUUUUCUGUUUAUUGUUCAAAAUUGCUUCAGUUAACAUGAUCAUGAACACACAGGUUGUAUAUUUAUUUUAAUCGUGUGUACUUCUGACCUCACUUUUUAUGCCUUCUGCUGGCAUGUUGCUAACAAAAUUUCUUGACAUAUUAUAUAUAUAUGUCCUUUCUAAGAGGACAUAAAAUGUUUUCCCAAUUUUCCUUUCACCAUUUGGUAAGCCUUUGCGGAAUAGUCUGGGGAGGUUUGCAACAUUGUCUACUCAUCUGAUGGAAAUCUGUUUGUUCUCUAUCAUGUGAUUCGCUUUGGAGCUGAUGCAGAGGUACUCUUCUUUGCCUGGGUGUUGUAUGUGGUUCAGUUUGCUUGUUUGGGUUUACACUGAUCUUGCUUGCUCGGUUUUUGAGUGUAUAACCAGUUCGCAGGUCCUGCUAUUUGAUCAAUGGAUGCAACCCAUGGGGGCAUGGAGAUGAUGGCGAGGCAUCACGCUGCGCUGACAGCGAGGAAAGUAACUUGGAUGAAGGCAGCGACAACGGGUGGCUGUCGAGGAAAGCGGCGCGGGGAUGGGGGAGGUGGGUGGUGAAUGGCAGCCGAGGAGACGGAGCGGCGGCGAGAUUGGACGAGCUCGCCUUCGGAGUGCGUGUGAGGCAAGAUUUCCUUCCCGGGUUGGCCGAGGGUCUCCUUGUGUGUUUAUUAUUUCCGGCAGAAGCAGUGAACAUGCAGGGUUAAAGCAUUUUCUUUUGCCGAAGGGGAGGGUAGAAAACAGAAAAGAUCAGAGGGGGGGGGAUGGGGAGGUCUGUGGUGGGAGGGGUUGGAAACCCGAGCAGACUGUCAUGAACUAAAGUUCAUUUGUUUACUGACAUGUUCAUAUUGUUUAUCCUUUUGUUAUUGAAUUUGGAAAUGCGUGCAA